GUGGUCUCGCAUCGGGUCCGAGGCGGCGUGGAUCGGGUCCAUUUUAUGCAAAUUGCAGGAGCGAGACGGGAGGCGGUUUGCCGGGGGGUGGGCGUGGCCCGGGAAGGGGCGUGGCCCGCGCGGCGAGUAGGCGGCGCUGGCCGGGUGGCGGCGGCGGCGGCGGCGGCGCGUGCGGGCUCGUCGGGCAGCUGUGCAGAUUGAAUGUUGACGAAGAAUGAAGAGCGAUGCCCAGAAGACGGCUAAAGUUUAGCAUUUUGGACUGCACAUAACAAAACCAUGCUUGAAAUAUGCACUGCAGUCAAAAGACCUUAAUUGGUUUGCUGAGCCCUUUGAAGAGGACAAGGAUUCUUACAUAAACAAAUGUAGCCCUGAAGUUAAAAUGUGAAGUUGUUCUAGAGAAUUAAACUCAACAAGACUAGUUCCAGUGGAUGGCCUAAAACCAUGUCCCUGUCUCGUGUUGAAAAUCCUUGUUUUCUGCUCUUUCUAGCUGUAUUUCAAGCCAUAUUUAUCCUGAUUUUGUACCGAGGUGGAGCAUCAAGUGUGUUUCGUGGAUUUUUAGAUGCACCUCAGCCCUGGGAUUACUCAAAAACACAGGAUGUGUAUACAAACCUCAGCUUGUUCACCCGAGCUCCUAAUGAAGAAACUAUGCCAUAUUGCACAGCCCAGUCACCGAUACUUGUUGGUCCAUUAACCAUCACCUUUAAUGCAUUCCCCAGUGAAAGAAUGAUAAUAAAAAAAAAUCCCUUUGUUCAGUUUGGAGGCUGCUAUAGCCCUCCUCACUGCCUGGCUCACUACAAAUCAGCCAUCAUUGUACCACACAAGAACCAGGAGAAGCACCUGCGACACCUUCUCUAUUAUCUACAUCCCUUCCUGCAGCGCCAACAGCUUCACUACAGCAUCUACUUGAUUCACCAGGCUGGGAAUGCUACUUUUAACCGAGCAAAGCUCCUUAAUGUUGGUGUCCGGGAAGCCAUGAAGGAUGAGGACUGGGAUUGUCUGCUCCUGCAUGACGUGGACCUCAUUCCUGAAAAUGAUUAUAACCUCUACGUCUGUGAUGAAUACUACCCCAAACACAUUGCCAGUGCCAUAGACAAAUUCCAGUACAGUUUGCCAUAUUGGUCCUUUUUUGGAGGUGUCUCUGCUUUGACUCCAGAGCAUUACAUGAAGAUAAAUGGGUUUCCAAACGCCUACUGGGGCAGUCGUGGUGAAGAUGAUGACAUUGCUGCAAGGAUUCAGUUAGCAGGAAUGAAAAUAGUCAGGACCCCUAUUCAUCUUGGACGCUACAAAAUGGUGGAGCUUGAGCAACACACAGGGAGUGAAGAGCACCUAAGAAGGCCUGCUCCACUGCACAACACCAGAAAAACAUGGAAGGAUGACGGAAUGAAUUCUGUAGAGUUCAAACUCCUUUCAAGAAAGAAGCACCUUCUUUAUACCAACAUCACUGUGGACAUUGGGAAUCCUCCCACGCUGCCUCCAGAGGAGAAAAACAAAGAGACUAGAGCUUGAGCAUUGGUGCAGCACCUGAAAAUUGUGCAACACAGGAGGUGUCAGCCUAUAGUUAAUCAGAAAUCAGAGGUCUACAAAGAUUGAAGAAUUGUUUCUUGCUGUGUGCUUCACCUUUCCUCCGAACAUGCGAGGGUUAGAAGAAAAGUCUUCAGGAAUGAGGCGUGACCGCUAAUGGACUGGAUUCAGUUUAUUGUAGAGAAUCCCUUAAGCGCUGUAAAAUGUGAUGCUUACUGAGCCCUACACACACACCCCCCCCUUCUGUUGCAGCCUUGAGGAGUACAUCCUUCAUCACCGGACAAAUCCACUGUAAGCUGUGUACUCUUAAAUCAGCAUGACCCAUUCUCUGGAUAGUUAGUUGAAUGCCAGCUACAUAACCUCUGCAUAUCCUACUGCUUACUGUUUUAAAAUGGUAAUUGGGAUUAACGCCACUGAGGACAUGUUCUGUGUGUGUGUUUUGUUUUGUUUUUUGUUUGGUCUGAAAGCAACCUCAGUCCCAUCUCCCUGGAAAAGAGAUUCUCUUGUUGCAGUCUUUCUUGAAAUAAGAUUUUUUUCCCAUUAGUGUUAAAUAUUUCCCUUUCCAACUGUUACAUUUGUAAAUAUUCUUCAGGAAGUUUAAAUAAAAAUUUUGAAAGUUAAUAGCCAUCUUAUGGUUCCUGUUUUAUGUGACCACUUGCUGUGUACGUGAGCUUCUCCACAGGAAGUCUAGCAGCUUGGUGUAGCAGAAAGUUUUGUCUAGUCAUAAUUAGAGCAGGAACCUGGGUAUAGGCCUCCUGCAUUUUUUGUCUGCCAGCGCUGAUCGAAUUAUAAAUCUAUUCACUUAAACAGUACUAAAAAAACUCAGCAUGGGACUGAUGGAAAUAAAACACUAAGAGCUAGAAAAGGGUUACUUUAAACAUAAGUUACCAGUCUCCCCUCAGCUGCAGAAAUUGGUAGGGCUCUACCAAAUUCAGUCUAUUUUGGUCAUUUUCAGAGUCAUAAGAUUUUUCAAAUUGUAAACUUCAUUAUUUCAGCUAUAUACAUCUGAAGUUUCAUGGCGUUGUAAUUGUAAAGGUCCUGACCCAUUAAGGAGUUGCGGGGAGGUCACAAGGUUAUGGAAGGGGGAGUUGCAGAACUGCUAACCUUACUUCUGUGCUGCUGUUGGCAGCAGCACUGCCUUGAGAGCUGGACAGCAGGAGCCUGAAGUUCUCAUCCAUUCAGAAGUACAAUGCAGGCUUCGCUAAAUUCCUGCCACCACCUAAACGCUGCCUUGAAGAAAUCUGAAUAAGUGGGGAGUUCACUCUCCACAGCCAGUUCAGUCCUUGGCCUAGCUCUGAAACUGCAAUAAAGGGGGAACCUGU